CGGGGAGCGGAAGAGGCGCGGCCACGGGCUCCGUGCGGCGGGAUGGCGGCGGUGCCGCGGUGCGGGGGGUGGCGGCGGCCGGGGAUCGUCCCGCUGCGGCUGUUGGCGUUGCUGGCGCUGGCGGGCGCGGCGGGUGCCGGGCAGCUCUCCAAAUGGCGGGUCCCGGUGCCCAUGGGGAAGAAGUUCUUUACCUUUGGGAAGAUUCUGUUCAGCAACACCACCAUUUUCCUAAGAUUUGAAGGUGAUGAGAAGUCUUGUGAUCCCUCCCAAGUUUACAAUGUUACAUGGUACUUAAGAUAUUCUGAUUGCUACAAUGAAGUCUUCAACUUUGGGGAAGAACAGGCAGAAAGUUAUUUUGGGACUACAUCUGAAGAGCAUCCGGGUUGGUCAGGAUACUACGCCACAUCUUCUCUUCUCUUUCCAAAUUGCUCCAAACUCUUCAAGCCCCAGAAUUUCUAUAAAGAAUUUGUUCAUCCAGAGCCUCUCUCACCUGAGAAACAAGAGGGCAUGAAAGAGAAGAAAGAGAGUGGAGGAAAUCACACGAUGGUGGCAGAUAAAACUGCAAUGAAUGCUGUUAUUAAAACAUGGAGAGAUGGGCCGUAUAUAUUUAUUGUGCAAAUUGGAGUUACAGCUCUGAAAGAUUCUGCUAACAAACCUAAAAGAGUGGAGAGAACAACACCUGCCUCAAACCCUAAAGAAAAGCUCUUUACAAUGACAGUAGAACUCAAGGGGCCAUAUGAAUAUCUAUCACUUGCAGACUAUCCUCUGAUGAUUUUUUUCAUGGUGAUGUGUAUCGUGUACGUGUUCUUUGGAGUUCUGUGGCUUGCAUGGUCAGCCUGUUACUGGAGGGAUCUCCUGAGGAUCCAGUUCUGGAUCGGUGCUGUUAUAUUCCUGGGGAUGCUUGAGAAAGCAGUUUUCUACGCAGAGUUCCAGAACAUCCGCUAUACAGGGGAAUCUGUUCAAGGAGCGCUAAUACUGGCAGAACUGCUUUCUGCUGUGAAACGUUCACUGGCUCGAACUCUGGUCAUCAUAGUCAGCCUGGGAUAUGGAAUAGUCAAGCCUCGUCUUGGGGUUACUCUUCACAAAGUAGUGAUGGCUGGAGCCCUUUAUCUAUUAUUUUCUGGCAUGGAAGGUGUUCUUAGAGUCACAGGGUUUUUCUAUGACACUGUGGCUCUGAUAGCAAACUUGGCCCUGUCCUUGAUUGAUGCCUGUAUUAUUUUGUGGAUAUUCAUCAGCUUGACUCAAACAAUGAAACUGCUAAAACUUCGAAGGAAUGUUGUGAAACUCUCUUUGUAUCGGCACUUCACCAACACACUCAUCUUGGCAGUAGCAGCAUCCAUUGUAUUUAUUAUCUGGACAACCAUGAAGUUCAGGCUGGUGGACUGUCAGUCGGACUGGCAGGAGCUAUGGGUGGAUGAUGCUAUCUGGCGCUUACUGUUCUCAAUGAUCCUUUUUGUCAUAAUGAUUCUGUGGAGACCUUCUGCUAACAACCAAAGGUUUGCUUUCUCACCACUGUCUGAAGAGGAGGAUGAUGAUGAGCAAAAAGAGCCAAUGUUAAAGGAAAGCUUUGAGGGAAUGAAAAUGAGAAGUACAAAACAAGAACCAAAUGGGAAUGUAAAAGCAAACAAAGCUGAGGAUGACCUGAAGUGGGUAGAAGAGAAUGUUCCUUCUUCUGUGACUGAUGUUGCCCUUCCAGCUCUUCUGGAUUCAGAUGAGGAAAGAAUGAUUACACACUUUGAAAGGUCCAAAAUGGAAUGAAGGAGAAGGCUUUUGCGAUUGGAAUUGGAGACGUCUCUUUUAAAGUCGCUUGGUGGAGCAAGUACAUCCUGCUGAUUUGUUUCUUGAUCUCAGUCUUGGAAGUCUGACACUUUAUUGUCACGAGGGCGUCUUGCUGUGAAAGAACUUCACAAGGACACUGAUAAAUCUUUUGGAAAUUUUCAAAUUGCGAAGUUGCUGCAAGUUUGGAUUUUUAAGCAAUUUAAAUGUGUACUAUUCCAGCACCUUCUGUAACUUUUUUCAAAUAUUUAAUCUGUGAAACUAAAAUUCCUAAUGUCUGCUUGAGGAGUUUAUAUUUUAAUGUUACAAUUGACACUUUAGAGGUGAAUUGUCUUUACCUUUUUUGGUGGAGGGUGGGAACAGCAGGAAAUAAGCACUGAAGAAACAACAGACCCAUAUUCUGGUAGAUAAGGGCUUAUACUUCACGUUGUGUGUCCAAUAUUAACGAAAGGUUUCAGAGAGAAGCUCCCAUUAAUGAAGAAAAUUAAGAUAUCAGAAAGGAGAUAUUUGGAAAAGUUACAGUGAUAAGAGUUUUAAAUCAAGUGCAAUUUUAUUCAUAACACUGUGUAAGAAAGAUUUUCUAUUUUAAAUGCCAUUGACCUAUAGGUAACAGUUGCGUAGAGCUAACACUUGCUGUUAGCAAGUUGGCACAUCUCAUUGCCGGCAAUGUGGUGAUCGCCUGGAGAAAUUAUUUGCCCCUACCUUCCAUGUGUUGCAUGGUUUAAUUCAAAAUGAAACAAAAAAAAAACAACCAAAAAAACCCAACAACAACCAAACUCCAAACACACUCCUGCAGUGUUCCACAAUUGCUUGACUAUUUGUGUUAAGCAGUUAUUUAAGUAAACAUUAAGUAAACUUUUCUCCCUGCACAUUCUUCCUCCCCCUCCUCCCCCAAGAAGUCAGCACUCUUCUAAGAGAAGAUGGCAUUGCUUCCUAGAGGUGUGCAGGCACUGCUGCACCACAAGGCCUUGAUGGCGUACACAGGGCUGGGCUAUUUUUGUUUCUAGUGUCUGUUUAGAAUUGCCUCACAUGUAAACACAUUUUAUGAUGGGCUUUCCUGUUCCAGUUGAUCCUUGUAGCCGAGAUCAUUGUGUUUAAGUCAAACUAGAAAAAUUCUAUACAACUGA